CCACCCCGGCACUCUGGUCUGCAGCAACAGCAACAUGGCAUUAGCUGUCUGUCUCUCCUGCCCCCUGGCCCUGUUGGUGGCAGGUCUGGUCCAAGGCAUCGGAGGCCAGGACCCAGGUCCCCGGCCACUGGAACUGAAAGAGGUCUUCACUUUGUUCCAGAUCCAGUACAACCGGAGUUACUCGAACCCAGCAGAGCAUGCUCGCCGCCUGGAUAUCUUUGCCCGCAACCUGGCCCGGGCUCAGCAGCUGCAGGAGGACGACCUGGGCACGGCAGAGUUUGGGGUGACUCCAUUCAGUGACCUCACAGAGGAGGAGUUUGGCCAGCUGUAUGGGAAUCAGAGGGCAGCUGGAAGGGCCCCCAAUGUGGACAGAAAGGUAGGAUCUGGCGAGAGGGGAGAGUCAGUGCCCUCUACCUGUGACUGGCGGAAGGCACGUAACAUCAUCUCAUCUGUCAGGAACCAGAAAAGUUGUAAGUGUUGCUGGGCCAUGGCGGCAGCGGGCAACAUCGAGGCCCUGUGGGCCAUUAAACACAAAAUGUCUGUGGAAGUCUCCGUGCAGGAGCUCCUCGACUGUGACCGCUGCGGGAAUGGCUGUAGUGGUGGCUACAUCUGGGACGCAUUUAUAACUGUCAUGAACAACAGUGGCCUGGCCAGCGAAAGGGACUACCCAUUCCGGGGGGAGGCCAGAGCCCACAAGUGCCAGGCCGAGAAGUACAAAAAGGUGGCCUGGAUCCAGGAUUUCAUCAUGCUGCCGGAGAAUGAGCAGGGAAUGGCCCGGUACCUGGCCACGGAGGGCCCGAUCACUGUGAGCAUCAACAUGCAGCUACUGCAGAAUUACAAGAACGGUGUGAUCAGGCCUGCACCUGGCACCUGUGACCCUCAGCACGUGGACCACAUUGUCCUGCUGGUGGGUUUUGGAAAGACCAAGUCGGGGGAGAGAAGGCAGACAGAGGCCGUCUUGUCCCAGUCUAAACCUCGGCCUCGUCACUCCACUCCGUACUGGAUUCUGAAGAACUCCUGGGGGGCCCAAUGGGGCGAGGAGGGUUAUUUCCGGCUGCACCGAGGGAGCAAUGCCUGUGGCAUCACCAGGUACCCGCUUACUGCCCUAGUGGACACACCAGUCAAGAAGCGGCACACAAUCUCCUGCCCUCCCUAAGCCCCCCUCUCAGCUCUCUCCUGCUGUGCCAGCUGCCUCCUUGCUGGCCACACCCAGAAGUCUUCCCCUGUCCUCCCAAUCCUCUUGCUAUGGGUUGAAUAAACCAACAGAAGAGCCUGGA